AUGCGUGACAAGCUCCUCGCCCUUACCUGGGGCCUCUCCUUCCACGGAGCAAGUGCUGAGCUCAUCAAUCGUGCCAUUUCACAAUGGCUCUGGCCGUCUUCGAUCACGGUCGGGAACUAUCUCUACGUAACGGGUGGUGAGCAGUAUUGGCCUUCGUCAGGUAACAUUACACAUGAACCCGGUACCUAUGUCGUCGAUCUCACAACUUCAUGGACCAACGAGACGAUUGUACCUGUCGGCGGACAGCCGGUGAAUAGUCCUUCGGACAUGCGACCCUCCAGACAGCCACUCCUAUACUACGAUGCAAUACACAGUACAGUCAACAGAUGGGCCGGCUGGCCUUACGAUGGAGACGACUACCCGACCACAUUGUGGUCUUUCGAAGUCGGAUCCGGCACUGUCGACUGGCAGCAAGGCGCCAACGUCUCCUCCAACGCAUCUUCGUCGGUCUCAAACGGUCCUUUCGCUGCCGCGAUAGCCUACUCCAACACCACCUACUUUAAUCUAGGAGGCAACAUCAAAGCGACAAAUGCAGAAGCCGAUAUGACAGUUCUUCCUGGGCUUGUUAUGCAGGACUUCGGCACUCACCCCUGGAGCAAUGUAAGCUUCGAGCUUUACGCCCAGACUCAGUUUCGCACCCAGGCUCGCGCAGCGUAUGUGCCUAAUUUUGGAAGCAAGGGAUACCUCGUUGCGGUGGGAGGGGAGAAUCCGGUGACAGAAGCGUCGGUGUACGAGACGGGUUAUGAGAUGACGGAUAUGGCGGACAUCACGCUCUAUGAUGUUGCUACCGGGAAAUGGUAUCAGCAGACAGCGGCAGGCGAUAUCCCUCCUCCAAGAUCAGAGUUCUGUGCAGUUGGUGCUGCGUCUCAACGGGAAACAUUUGAACUAUUCGUAUACGGCGGCUCCGUCAACUCCUCAGACGAAGCCAACAAGCCGGCCGACGACGGUUACCUCAACGUCUACGCACUAUCGAUCCCAGCUUUUCGAUGGUUCAUGUCCAAUUCCUCGACCACGCAGAGAAGAGCUUGUCACGCGUGCAGCAUUGUAGGGAACCGGCAGAUGAUUUCUAUUGGAGGCAGGCUGGUCAACACCGCGACGACCCUCGGUAUGCAGCAAGAUCCUUGGACGAGCAGUAUUGGAGUCUUCGAUAUGACUGCGUUUGCGUGGACGGACGCAUAUGAUCCUCAUGCGGCUGCGUAUGACUCGCCGGAUCCGGUCAAGCAGUACUAUACUUCUGAGUAUGAGGAGCCGACCUGGGCGGAUCCCGCUUUGGCACAAGUGUUCCACAUGUCGUCGAGAUACUACCAGGUACAGAACACCUCAACAAACCCCACCUCUUCACAGCCCGCAAACGGCAAGUCGAGCAAAACGCCAACAGGAGCCAUAGUCGGAGGCGUCAUCGGCGGCGUGGCAUUCAUAGCCAUCUUAUGCAUAACAGGAUGGCUCUGGCUACGCCGACGACGAAGACAGGCCGUGCCAACAGAAGAGACAUAUCCAGAAGAUGGCAAACCACCGUACAUAGAUUUCCCCGAGCCUGCGGCGCCGACGUACGAAGUCGACGGAGCGGUCUACAAGCUCGCGCCGGUUGAGUUGUCUUCGAAUUCGGAUGCUAUUGCUGAGCUUCCUGGGCAUGGGGCCGGGACGGGAGAUGAUGCUGGAGCUGGGAAUAGGGGAAGUCGAUACGAUGAGUAG